AUGAGUCGAGCGCGAUACGAACCUGUUCCCCAGCGCGAAGAAGUCAUCAUCCUGGAUAGCAUUCAAAACUCCCCCUACUACAACUACAACUCCGCCGUCCCGAACUCCGUCUCCUCAGCCUCUUCCGUGCAUACACCGUCCGUAAUCGCGCCUUCAGUGCCAUCUUCUCCUCCUCCGUCUUUCCACACACACUCCUCACCCGGCACGCCGAGACCUAUACCUAGCAACCACACAGGCCGAAGCUCGGGACCGAGUUAUGCGGAGCUCUGGGGCGUUGCCCCCAGCACAGUGGGCGGAGAGACUGAGAUGACGAUGGGAACGAGCAAUGAUGCACUCGCGACAAUCGCGGGCCUAAAGCAGAGAAUCGAGUGGUUGGAAGAGAGCAUGGGGCGAUUACUGAUCGAGAAGGAGCAAAAUCCCGGCGGGGAGGAAACCGGGCUUGGCGGGGAGAGGAAGGCAAGAGACAACUGCUGCAUGGUCUUCACAGACGCUUCGCCCGAUCUCGAAAGAGCACUCACACAAGGCCGGGGCAAUAAUUGCUGCGUGGCGUUCCGCUCUACGAAGUCGGAUGAUCAUCGCGAGCAGCAGAAGAUCCGCCGGCUUGUCGUUUUUACCUUCCUUGCGGUGAUGUUGCUGUUCUUUGGAGCGAUAUUCAUCAGUUCGUUUCCGAACCAGAAAGGCCCCUUCAAGGCGGAUGAUAAUACGGCUGAGACGACGGGGCUGAAACUUGAUUGA